AAAUGUCAUUUGUGUUGGACAAUGUCAUUUCAUUUUGACAGCUGUGUCCGUGGGUAACCUAAAGUACUAUUUUUGGAAAAAUAAUCACGUUUUUUAAAACAUAUUCAUUAAGUUUUAUGUGUGAAUAAUCUAUAAGAAGUGUUUAUUUAAUACUUAAAAGCAAUUAACGGCAUCAUCACAAGAUGGUAGUAUCCGAGGAGCAGCCCCCAGCAGUGGAAGGCGACGCGGCUGCCAGCAAGAAGGCCGCCAAGAAAGCUGCCAAGGCUGCCGAGAAACAGCAGAAGAAAGCUGAACAUAAGGCUGCUUCAGGCCAGGUUCAACAAGAAGCGUCGGAGCCGGAUGUAUCAGAAGGCCGGUACGGACAGCUGAAGCUGAUCCAGUCCUCCGGGGAACACAGGGACCGGGUAUACACCGAUGUCAAGGAUCUCACUGUCAAGCUUAAUGGACAGAGCGUGUGGGUUAGAGCUCGCCUCCAGACCUCCCGUGCCAAAGGCAAGCAAUGCUUCGCGGUGCUGCGGCAGAGCAGUAGCACCGUGCAGCUGCUGGUCAGCGUCAGCGAGGAGCGAGCCGUCAGCAAACAGAUGGUCAAGUUUACGGGCAAUAUAACGAAAGAAUCGAUAAUCGACGUGUACGCGACCGUUGUAAAGACAGCGACCCCUAUCGAGUCGUGCACGGUGCGCGACGUGGAACUGGUCGCGGCGCAGCUCUGGCUCGUGUCGCCUGCGCGCGCGCAACUGCCGCUGCAGAUCGAGGACGCUGCUAGACCAGAGAAAUCUGAUGAUCCAGAGGCUUUGAAGAUCCGUGUGAACCAAGACACGAGGCUGGACAACCGAGUCCUGGACCUCCGUACUCCGGCCAACCAGGCCAUCUUCCGGCUGGAGGCAGGCGUCUGCAAGCUGUUCCGAGACCUCCUCACUCAGAGAGGGUUCGUCGAGAUCCACACACCGAAGAUAAUAUCAGCAGCAUCAGAAGGCGGUGCCAACGUAUUCACCGUGUCGUACUUCAAGUCCUCAGCAUACCUCGCGCAGAGCCCGCAGCUGUAUAAACAGAUGGCGAUCGCCGCUGACUUCGACAAGGUAUUCACAGUGGGCGCAGUGUUCCGUGCCGAGGACUCGAACACGCACCGCCACCUGACGGAGUUCGUGGGCCUCGACCUGGAGAUGUCGUUCAAGCACCACUACCACGAGGUGCUCUACACCAUCGCUGGGACCCUGACUGACAUGUUCCGUGGCCUCAGAGACCAGUUCGCGGCGGAGAUAGCGACGGUGGGGCAGCAGUACCGCGUGGAGCCGUUCAAGUUCCUCGACCCCCCGCUGCGGCUCGAGUUCCCGCAGGCCAUACAGAUGCUCAAGGAAGCAGGAGUAACAGUAGGCGAGGAGGACGACCUCUCCACUCCGGACGAGAAACUCCUCGGCCGCCUGGUGCGUGCCAAGUACGACACGGACUUCUACAUCCUGGACAAAUACCCGCUCGCCGUCCGGCCGUUCUACACCAUGCCCGAUCCUAAUAACCCGAAAGUGUCCAACUCGUACGACAUGUUUAUGCGCGGCGAGGAGAUCCUCAGCGGCGCGCAGAGGAUACACGACCCGGACUUCCUCACUGAGAGGGCCAAACAUCACGGGAUUGACAUCAGUAAGAUAGCUGCAUACAUCGAGUCCUUCCGACUAGGAUGUCCACCACACGCAGGCGGUGGUAUCGGUAUGGAGCGCGUCGUAAUGUUGUAUCUCGGCCUGGACAACAUCCGCAAGACGUCGAUGUUCCCGCGCGACCCCAAGCGAGUGACGCCGUGAACGCAACUUGUAUUAUACCAGUUUUGUACUGACAGAGCAAUAUACAGUAAAAUGUUUAUUUAA